UAUUUCGAAAUAACAACAAUACCUAUACGAAAAUACAAUAAUAAUACGACGUUCACCUACCUAGUUUUGCGCGUCAAAUGUGUACUAGUUGUGUUAUUCCAAUGUAAACGCGAGAAAAAAAAAUGUCUGUCGAUUCACCGGAUUCGAUCGUUUACCGUCGAUCCAACACCAGACAAGUGCACGCUGUAGUCACACCCAAACGUGUCUCGUUUCAUGAAGAUGUCGCGGAACCAGUCGGCGGUUCCCUCAUACAGAUCAGGACCGUCGCACAGUACGGCGAAAGAGGAACACCCGAAGGACAAGAAGAUCCCCAACAACCCGUGAGGGAAACGCCUACGGAGAGGUCAGUCUUGAAGUGCAAAGAACACAGACGUCCUUCGCUGUACCUGAACAGUUCGUUUUCCGUCAGCCGCGAAGGGCUACAAGACAUUUCAAACGACAUCAAAACGGAAUUGGAAAAAAAACAAUGGAAGUACAGCUGGAGCAAACACGUAGAUUUAGGUUCCAACUGUUUAGUGAAUAUCAUCAAACGAGAUCUUACUUUGAAACCUAAUGAAACUAUUUAUAAAGUGUAUAGAAUGUUGAGCACUGGUGGAUCUCCUUUAAUAGUAGUCAUUACAAACAUUCGAUUUUGUGUUUUAACUAAAAAUGUCUACACCAAUCGCCUAGAACUCGUCUAUGGUUCAUAUUUGAUUGAUUUGGAAGUAAUAGUUCUCGGUCCUAACGAACAGACAGCAGUAUUUGUCAGUGAAAAAUCGAAAAAAUGUACAUUAAUGACGGCAGUCGAUACUCGAACGGCUCAAGAGAUGAUUGGCAGUAUAGAAUUUGCUUUCAGACGUAGCGGAUUGUACAACAAAAACACCGCUUUUGUGGUUAUAAAUGUCAACCACGAUGAAAAGAUGUACGAAACCGUCAAAACUCAAGUUUCUCUAUCAAAAGACGAUAAAGUGAAAUAUUACACGUGGUUAUGGUGUUAUAAAGAAAUUGAAUCCUCGGCCACUGUAAAACCUCAUCUUGAAGAAUUUCUAAUGGUAAAACAGAAUUCACUGUGGAGUCCCAGAUUUGUGCGGCUAAGAGAUGACAUUUUAUAUGUUUUUAAUGAACCCGCCGAUAUAGUUCCUUUAGAAUCGAUUCCCCUAAGAUUCGGGCGUUGUAAAAAUGUACAACAAAUCAAUUGCGAUCGUCCACACUCUGUCGAAAUACAGUUGGUCAGUAAUUCAAUGAUUUUAGCAACAGCCGAUUGUCACCAAGAAGAAAAAUGGAUUAACGCACUGAACCGCGCCUUGACAGGAAUAAAAGACUGCAACGGUACAACAAAAUUACCCAACGGACGUUGUUGCCUGUUGACUACCAAUUAUAUUGUUUUGUACAAUUUUCCACAUAGUAUCACCGAUCAUAUGCAACUAGUCAAUCUCGAUUCAGUUCAGUGUUCGCCUUCUCCUACACACUAUUAUGUUAUACUCGAAUGGGCGUGUUACGAUGCGACAGCAGAAGAGAACUGUAGCGAUUGGGUUGUACAUUUUACGUGCCGGUCGAGUUGUGACGAAUUCAUAUCUUGGUUGUAUAGAAUAAGGCCCGACUUGACCAAGCAGGAACUAGUCGACCAACACGCUGCACAACGUCAUUCGAAAAAUAACGUCACGUUACGACGUUCACUUGUUUAAUAUUUUGUUGAUGUAUAUUUUUUUUCUAAUAUUUUAUUUUUAUAUGUUUUAAAAUAGUUAUGUUUAAAUCAAAACACUUUGCCUUAAUAUAGUGAGUUAAUUUAUUAUUAGUUAGAUACACAGAACGAUGUGUAUAUUUUUAAGUUUGCCUUAUUGUUGUAAUGUUAAUUUUUCAAACCUAACCUGAUUUUAUAAUUGAAAACUGGUGCUUAUUUA